AUGGAUCGGAGUCGACGUAUUUCAUGUUGGAAUAUACGGAGCUGGCUGCUUUUCCUGACCAUUGUCUUGGCUCAGAAAGGAUGCUUUGCGCAGGUACGAUACUCUGUUUCGGAGGAACAGAAAGAAGGAACAGCAGUGGGAAAUAUCGCCAAAGACUUGGGAAUCGACCAGCGAGCAGUAAAGGAGAGAGGAUUUCGUAUUGUGUCAAGCUCAAGUGAUUCACUGUUCCGGGUAAAUCAAAAUGAUGGCAUGUUGUAUGUGAGCGGUAAAAUAGACAGAGAGGAGAUUUGCGAGCAAACUAGUUCGUGUUUAAUAACCCUCAAGACUGUUUUGGAGAACCCCCUCGAGGUUCAUCAUGUAACCGUAGAGGUAAUUGACAUUAACGACCAUGCUCCCAGUUUUAGUAGUAAUGAAACCAGGCUCGAGAUACCUGAAUCAGCGCUGGCAGGCGCGCGAUACCAGCUUCAAGCUGCGCACGACCCGGAUGGUAGCACUAAUUCAGUACAGAUGUACAAGCUGAGUAACAAUGAGCAUUUUCGUAUUGAAGUCAAGGACCGCGGUGAGGAUGGUAAAAUGCCCAUUUUAGUUUUACAAAAGCCACUAGACAGAGAAACGUCCAAGACCCAGAAUUUGUUACUCACCGCAUUUGAUGGCGGUAGACCCCCCAAGUCUGGAAAAAUGAAUCUUUAUAUUGAUGUUCUAGAUGUUAAUGACAAUAUGCCCGUUUUCACACAAGACGUGUACUCGGCUAGAUUGAAUGAAAAUUCCCCGGUCGGAACAAGAAUUAUACAAGUUAACGCAACGGAUUUAGAUGAGGGUUUAAAUGGCGAGGUAGUUUACUCCAUUGGUAAAAAUGUAAACAACAAGCUACGUAAAUUAUUUGAUAUUGAUCCAAACACAGGCGACAUUUUUGUCAAAGGAACGAUAGAUUUUGAGAUGAGGGAUAGUUAUGAGAUUGAUAUAGAAGCUUCUGAUAAAGGACCAGUCCCUUUCACGACAGAUAAAAGCGUAAUUAUUAAAAUAGUCGAUGUAAACGAUAACACACCGCAGAUGGAAAUAACUUCAUUCUCGAACGCAGUGCCAGAAGAUUCCAGGCCAGGGACAACUGUAGCGUUAAUCAAUGUGAAGGAUAUGGAUUCUGGGCUUAAUGGUAAAGUUUCAUGUUCAUUAUCCGAAGGCAUCCCUUUUAAGUUAGUGCAGUCUUUACAGGACAAUACAUACUCUUUAGUUACAAAUGCACCACUUGAUAGAGAGACCACAGGCCAGUAUGACAUAAAAAUUGUUGCAAAAGACGCAGGGCAGCCUUCGUUGUCUUCUGAGAAAGUUUUGACUUUAUUUGUAUCAGACGUGAACGAUAAUGUGCCAACAUUCCUGCACACUCCAUACACCUUUUAUGUGACCGAGAACAACGUUCCCGGAGAUCCAGUGUUUGCGGUGUCUGCAAUUGAUCGAGACACUGAUGAAAAUGCCGUGGUGAACUAUCAGGUUUGCAGAGACUGUGGUGAGGACAAUAAACACUCAUCUUUUCUCAACAUAAAUUCGGAAACUGGAAAAGUUUACGCUCUCAAGAGCUUUGACUUUGAAACUAUGAAAAAGUUUCAGUUUCAAGUUGUGGCGACAGAUUCUGGGACUCCACCGCUGAGCAGUAACGUCACGGUGUCUGUUUACAUACUGGAUCAAAACGACAACACCCCAGUUAUCCUCUCCCCGAGUAGCACCAAUGGCAGCGCUGAGGGAGUGGAGGAGCUCCCACGCAACGCCAACAUGGGCCAUUUGGUGACUAAAAUUAGGGCGUAUGAUGCAGACAUAGGGUACAAUGGUUGGCUAUUGUUUUCACUGCAAGAAAUUACCGACCAUACCCUAUUUGGUUUAGAUCGUUACACAGGACAGAUCAGAACUUUACGACCUUUCACGGAAAGUGACGAGGCUGAACACAGACUGGUCAUAUUAGUCAAAGACAAUGGCAACAUCUCACUUUCGGCAACAGCAACGGUGAGGGUUAACGUGGUGGAACCCAAGGAGGCGUUUGCCUCCUCUGACGUUAAAAGCGCAACCGUUGCUGACGAUGAGUCAAACGUGACAUUUUAUUUGAUUGUGACUUUGGGAUCCGUCUCGGUACUCUUUCUCAUCAGCAUAGCCGUGCUGGUUGCAAUGCAGUGCUCCAAAUCCACUGACUAUUCCAAGUACUUGAAAGACACGAACUAUGACGGGACAUUAUGCCACAGCAUCCAGUACAGAUCUGGAGACAAGAGAUACAUGCUGGUUGGACCCAGAAUGAGUAUCGGUUCCACUAUAGUUCCAGGCAGCAAUGCAAACACUCUGGUCAUCCCAGAUCGACGAAGCAGAGCCUCAGAGGAGGUAAGCUGUAAUCAUUUACAUACUUCACACUGUCAACUAUCAAGUUCAAGGUUUUCCAAAGUUGUCUAA